CGUCGGCUGCUGGGAUGCCUAUCAUAACUGAUUUCUCUUUGCUUGUAAAAUUUGAUAAUGUUAUCUUCUACUUUUUCUAUUACUUUGCAAAGGCGUUUCUCUUUGCUUGUAAAGGGGCAAGCAAGAGCAAUGAUGGCUAUACGCCACAAAAGCAUGAACCACACUUUGCAGCACUUAUAAAUACUCUCUUGUAAUUGUGGUCAAGAAAGCUUAAAAGAGUUCAACAAAAAUGGCUUCAUUUUUCAUUCAAACUUUGUUCAUCUUGUCCUCAUUGUUCUUUUCUACAAUCUUCAUCACCACCACCGGAGAAUUCUCCAAGCAUUCCCCCAUAAUUGUUCAACGAAUGGAGAAAAGGACUGAUCUCCAUUUCUACUUCCAUGAUGUUGUGGAUGGUAAGAACCCAACUGCCAUGAGAAUCGUCACCCCACCAAGUGAGGCGGUUGGUGGCUUUGGUGCUACUUUCAUGGCAGAUGACCCAUUGACAGAAGGGCCAGAACCUACUUCAAAGCUAGUAGGGAGAGCACAGGGAGUUUAUGCUUUGGCUUCGCAACACGAGAUUGGGUUGCUAAUGGUCAUGACUUUCGCUUUUGUGGAGGGUACUUCCAAUGGUAGUACAUUAAGUAUUCUUGGUCGGAAUCUUAUUUUUGACACGGUGAGGGAGAUGCCAGUAGUUGGAGGAACAGGGCUUUUUCGGUAUGCUCAAGGCUAUGCAUUGGCAAAGACGGUUAGGCUAACCGAGACUGGAAAUGCUGUAGUUGAAUACAAUAUCUCUGUUAUCCACAACGGAGAUUCUGAGAUUCAACCUCCUAUAUGAUUUCUAGGGUUCACUGGAUUUUCUAUAGUUGUAUACUUUUCCAUCAACUUCUAUUCCCCUAAUCCUGCUUCUCCAUUAACUGGAAUCAACAGUAAAAUGCCUUUUCUCUUA